UAAGUGCCAUUGUAGUGUCAAAGAUUCUCAGCAAGGUGUUGAAGAAGAGUAUUUCCAUUGAAUAUUUUGGUUUCUUUUCACUGAAGAGUAUUACCAUCCAACUCCCAAAGAGCAGCAUUGAGAUAGACUGUAUAUGGAUAUCAUGGAGACUCUUCAAUUCCCAACAGUUACACCCUAUAGCUUUGCACAUAGGGGACGUAAGAGUGAGAGCAGAAUUGAGUCAGGAAGAUGGUAGUCUUGAUGAUCUACCUCCUAGGAGACCACCGCCCCACCCUGGCCCAAUUAAACCAAGAUCAGGAAUAUCAAAAUUCAUCUUGAGCAGCCUACCUACAUUGAUUCAAUAUGCAGCCCAGUUAUCCUCGUUCCACAUAGAAGCUGUCAAUGUGAUGCUAUUAGGAGCAAUGGGAACAGACUCUCUCCUACAUGUAACAGUUAAUGAUGCAUCACUAACAGGACAGGCAAUAAAUGAAAGACUUGUAUCGGCAGACUUCUCAUCUCAAAAGCUCUCCCUGAGAAUGCUACGCAGUGCAAAGCCAAAUGAAGGGGAGCAGUCUCAUGUUGCCCAGGCUUCCGUUGCCCUCAAGGUAUCAACCCAGAUUGAUCUGGUCGGACGAGUCCUUACAACAUUGUUUGUUGAAGUUGGUAGUCCAAAUAUCACAAUAUAUGAUGGUUUCUUGCCUACUGCUCUGACUCGAGUGUCUAAAGCUGCACCUGUCGUGAUGCCAGUACAAGAUGAAUUUGUUGAUGCUCCCACCACUAUGAUGCCAGAGAAUCCACUCACUCAGAAGCUUAAAGUCAUUACCAAAAAGUUUCCUGAGGAAGCAUGUUUGGAUAUCAAGGAAGCAUCUUGGCAGAUGGUCCUUCAGGGAGGUCAAAGGUCAUUGCAGUUCAACACCAAGAGCGUGAUUUUGACCAGUCAGCUAGCUAGUCGAGAUGGUAUCAUAUGUUCUCAAAAUGGGGACCUGGUUCUUCCCCCUAUCACCUGUCAUCUCACUUGCUCACAUGUGGAUAUAAUGAAUGCUGAUUCUGUUAAACUGUUGAGAGUAACAAGCUUAAAAACAUACUUGCUGGUCAAUGAAAGAUGUGUACAGAUAGGUGUUGAGUUACAGCGUGGACAUUCCUUGUAUGAUGAAGAAGAGAUCCUGUUCUGGGCCGGCUGGAUCAUGGAAACUAUUGCACUUCGCAAACCAAGGUCCACGUCCACAGGGUCAACUGGUUCAACAUCGUCAUCGAGAUCAUCAUCACCCCCGUCAUCGAGGUCAUCGUCACCGCCCCCGCCGAGGAAAGUAUCACCUACUCCGUUGCUUCCUUCCCCGCAGCAACUGAAUAACACAUUAUCAAGAUCUGAUUGGGAAUCGUGGCAACAUUUCUGCUUACCUGUUGACCUUGACCUGAACCUAUCUGACCUAUCAUGUCAGGUCAACUGUCAGGAAGUACCUCAGUGUGCUGUCAGAUUAGCCACACUUCAUGGGAGCUGGAGUGUUACAUCUGAUGCUGGGAAAUCAGUCCAGAAACCAUUUGCUUACAUCAGAGGGAGUAUGCACAGUGAACAACUCUACUUGCUCGUCGGUGAAUCAGUACGCACCCCCUCUGGAGCAAUGCUUCCAACCAGACAUGUCUGGGGAACUGUGUGUGCAAUAGAAGCUCUUGAUGCUAAGAUGGACCUCUCUCCGCUCCUGGUUGACGUGGAGUGCUCCUUGCAUUCUCUCCAGCUUGAGAGCUCUCCUUCCCUUCACCUUAUCAUCCAGCAUGUCUUGAAGACAAUGGUAGACCUGAAGGGGGCAUCACCGCACACUUCUUCCCAUCGUAGAAAGGUCAAGGUUGAUCCCAUUAUGGGUAGGGCACGUAGGAAGUAUAGAUUUGCCCUGAGGAUGGAUGACUUCAAUGCCUUUCUCACCAGCUCUAUCAAAGAGAGUUUACUGUUACAUGUUGAUAUGAUUGAGAUGAGCUCUGGUACUACAGAAUCAAUGUCAGCUGUAGAUGGUCUCAAGUUCCUUAUUAUCAAGAAGGAGACAAAGGUCUUAAAUUGUCCAAAGUAUGGCAAGUUACCUGAGGGUUUGUUACAACUCAAAGAAGUCUCAACACAAUAUACAGCAGCUGAACGGAAUUUGACAGUUCAGCUUCCUGAAGGGAUCAAAGCAUCAUGGGAUACCUCAAGUCACAUGACUAUUUUCCAUCACGUCAAAGAGCUGCUCGCAUUUGCAAAUGAACUGAAAGGGACCUUGAAAGGUGUUGGAGAUGAUGGGGCAUCCACUACAGAAUCCUCGCCAUUGACACCAUCUUCACCAGGAAUUAAUGCUGUGGUCAAAGUCAGGCUCGUCGAGUUCUACUACAAGCUUUCUUCCAAGCACAAAAACUUUGUUCAAGCCAAAGAACUGUAUUUAGUGAAAGAAGGUUCCAAGGUUCUGAAAGUCACAUCCACAGAGGUCAUUCUGGGCUUUGAUGACCAUCAUUUAUUUGUUGUCCAGGCUGCAUGUAUAGAGAAGCUUGUAGAACAUCCUCAGCUUCUUGAAGACAGACUCAGUUUCAGCCAUCUGCAAUCACCUACCAAUAGGGCAUGGGGUAUCUUCAUGAGGUCUCUUGAUAUUGAGUUUCCUUAUCAGUAUGACUUCGCAGAUAACUACACAGAGAUCAUCAACAUCAGGAAAUGGUUAAAGUUAUUACAUCAGAAGAAGCGAGUUGGUGAAGAGAAACUCUAUGCUGAUAUCUUGAUAAGAGCACAGGUGAUCAAGAUGCAGAUGAAUGAGGAUCCAUUCGAAGUGAAGCUGGGUGAUAACUAUGAACUGAUAAAAGAUGAACGAGCUGAGAGUGAACAUAGAAGAGAACUCUUGGACAACAAGGUAGAGGGUCUAAAGAGGAAUCAUGGCCAGUUUCUUCCAGCAAAGAAGAUAGAAGAGCUGUACAUCUCCCUGGAGAAGAAGAAUAUAGAGAUCUUCUUGAAGCGAUCCCAGAGGCUUUAUGCCUCCACUACUCAACGGAAAGUCCUCAUGACCUUGACCUUGACAGGAGUAGAGAUUAGCGCCCUUGCUGAUGAAUCUAUGAAUGGUAGAGAGAAUAUCUUACGACACAUGAAAGAGAUUGAUGUUGCGAGUCCACCACCUUCAGAUGAGACAGAAUUCAGUACACUGUGGUGUCGAAUGGUUCGAGGUCAUGUCAAACAGUUCUCUCUCAAACUUAGAGAUUAUCCUUUGAAUCUAUGGCAGAUAAGUGACUGGCAUUGGUGGGGCAAGCUGGUUGGAGCGGAACAGACUGGGCCCCCAAGAGCCAAACGUGAUGGUCUGGUUGAGAUUGAUGAACCGUGGCAGGAUGUGAAAGUCACUCGAAGCAUGCCACCUCUGAAGUUCUUCCAUGAUCUCACUACAGAUGCUACUGGGAUGAGUAUGGCAUACGGUCCCAGCAUGGAGCCAGCCUGGGGUCAGGUCAACCUAGCCAUGAACCUCCUCAAUCGACCUUCUGUUGACCCCAGCAAGCCCCUCCCCUUCUGGGACAAGGUCCGCCUACUCUUCCAUGGCCGACUUACCAUCUCAUUGGAACAGUGCAAUAUGAUGUGGCUUACCACCAAAGAUCCUUACAACACUACAGAGCAACUGGAUUGGGAGUGGAGGGAUAUCUAUCUAGAUUGGACCAACGCACAUUUCUUAAUCAAGGGUAACUUAGACAUCUUUGUGAGGACUGCAUCAAAAUAUGAUGAUGUCAGACUUAUCCACUUACCAAAGUUCAGAUGGGACAUUGGUAUUGAAUGGUUGACGAAUGGAGAUUGUAAUGAUCAUCACAGUAUCAUGCCUUGUGCACCAGACAAGGUUCCUGCUCAUUCUAUCACACAGGUUCAUGACUCGUAUGGUGCUUUCAGGUCUCAGAAUCUCCACUUACGAAUGUCACUGGAACUCAAAGGACCUAAUGAUGGUGAAGAAGAAGACCCACCAGAGUGUCUGUUCUACAGUAGUACAAUGAGAUGGCUUCAAAACUUUCAGUCCUGCACCCUUGGUAAUGUAACAAGACCAACAAGAAGAGGAAGGCUCUUUAAUAACACAGUACAAAAGAAGACCCCACUCAGUAGACAUUUCAAGCUUGUAGACUUUCAAGCCAAGUUUCAAGCAUUACGAUUGAACUACUGGGCUUCAUUUGCCCAACAGAGAGGGAUAGAGGUGUGUCUAGGACCUGGUAUGUUUCACUCUCAGAAUGGUCUUCGGCUCUUAGAGAACAGUGAUGGUCUCAUCCAUAGACCAAUAGCUGAUUGGAGCUUUGUUGAACUUGACUUUGAAGUAGGAGAGAGCCAUGUUUAUCUCUACACAUCAAAUGCAGAUGAGGUUAAGUGUCACAUGAUCAUCAAGCCCCCAGCAGAGAAGCAUCACCUUGCUAGUGUCAACAGAGUUAGCUACUGCCGACAGAAGUGCAAAAACUUAGAGCCGACACCUGAGAAUAUUUCUGAUUCUGAAGAUGAGGAAGAAGAAGUGAAGGAUGCUAAGAGAAUGAACACAGAGAAUGAAGAAAGGGAUUUCAUUCAUAAGCUUGUAGUAUAUGAAUUCCGUGGAUCAUGGACAAGGUUCAACAGAGAUGUGGUCUUUGGGCUCUAUGACUCAUACAGCAAAGCACAGACUCUGAAGCAGAAUCUAUCUACUGAGGCCUUGAAGGGUGUGAAGAUGGAUAGCAGUGCACAGGCACGGCGGCAGACUGGUGGUAUACAGAGCGCUCCUGGUACCCCCUCCUCAGCUGGUUCCAGCUCCACAGGGGUAGCUGGACACACCCCUAGCCCGAUGUCUAAGAUGCAAGCUGGUCAUGGGGCUAGUAUGCUACAGCAGCUUCUGGCUGAGACAAGCACUAAGUUCAUGGUCUUUACUGAAGAGACAUCAGGAAGUAAUGAACAACUGUCUGGUGUUCUAGCUUGUAACAAAGAUGAUGUCAUGACCAACAACUGGCUUGUUGAACUUAUCAACAGUCAGGUUAUGUUGCGAGGGUCAGAUAGUUCUGGUUAUGUCUUAGUAUGUGCAGCCAAUGCACAGGUCAUGCAGAGAGCUCAUUGGCCAAAGUGGUUGGAGAGUAAAUUGACCAGUAAAACCACGGUGGUUGGUACAUUGGAUAGGAUGCAGUAUUUUGCAACGGUUGGUUACCCUGCUUCUCGAGUGAACCCAGCCAUCCACCAAGAAGAUCAUGUCAAAUGGCUUGCCAUCUCCAACAUAGAGAAGAACCCUAACCACAACCGAAGUGUGACCGACGUCCCCGCCCUGGUGGGGAGUGGGGACUCUGUGGGUGGGGUUGUCAGUGAUACGGUGGGUGGGGCAUCGGAGGAUGUGGAGAACGAUACGGUGCAGCUGCAGAGAAUUAUCUCGCGAUGUUCCUGCAGAUUCUACUACAACAUGUACGGCAGGGAUGUGGAUCCUGAUGUUGCAGCGCAGGUGCUUGCCAGAGGAGAUGUGGAUAAGGGAGAUGGAGAUGAUGAUGGUGACCCACUUGGUAAAGAAGAAUCAAUAAAUUCCAUCACAGUGGUCCAUCAUGACCUAGAUAUCUGCACCAACUCAGCCCAGUACUCAAUGAUCAUGGAUAUCAUCAACAAUCUACUGCUCUAUGUAGAACCAAAGAGAAAGGAAGCCAUAGCUAGGAUGCAACAUAUGAGGUUUGCCUUACAACUCAACAAUACUGAAGAUCAGAAAGAACCUAUCAUGCAACUUCAAAACUCUCUCAGGAAUUACAUCUCCCACAAUCGACGGAUAGAGCGAGAUCUGUACAAUGCUCAUCGCUCUUUGGAAGAUUCAGGAAAUGAGCAACCACUGGUAAGGAAGGUAUCUGAAUUAGAGAAGCAGCUGUAUGAAUCUAAAGAAUCUCUUCUCAAUGCUGCUGAGGACCUUAGGAUCAUGGUCAGUUGUUAUAAGGAGAUCCAAUUACAGACGGCACUAAAGAAGAAGAUGCAUCAAGCUGAUAGUGUUCGUGUUGCUUGGCGAGCUGAGGUGUGUUUCAGUCUAGCCAAGUGGAGAUUAACUGAAGCAGAUGGACAGCUGGGUAUAGCAGAUCUAGAACUCAGACAUUUCAAGUAUUGUAGGAAUAUCAAGUCAGAUGAUUCUACUGAAAACCUGAUGGAGCUUGCCUAUGUGACAAUCACAAACCUCCUUCCCAACGAUGUCUAUAAGGAAGUUCUGAGACCCCAGGACACUAGUGGUAGAUCAGCACAGGUUGCACUCAGGGUUAUUGCAAGAGGAAAACCACCAGUUGGUGGGAUUUCGGUACAGGAGAACUUUGAGGUCAAUGUUGUACCGUUGACCAUCCAGUUAACCAAUCGAUUCUUUAAGAAGGUGAUGGCGUUUUUCUUUCCUGGACGAUCUGUUGAUCAUGACGGACCUGUAUCAGCUUCAGCUUUCAGUGAUGAUACGCUUAAGAGAAUUGAAUCUGAAGAGAAUGAUACAAGUACCUUUACAAGGAGUGGUAGCUUGAGAUCAACUAGCAGUGAUGAAUCAAGUAUCAGUGGAACUCUACCAAGAGAUGUUCCACCAUCAAAGCCAAAGAGAAAGCAACUCCUAGCAAAGCUCAAGAAAACAGAUGACAUUGACAAGAUGAAGGAGCGAGCGUUGAACAAUAUGUUUGUUUACAUCAAGAUUCCAGCAGUACCUUUACUAGUCAGCUACAAGGGUGAGAAGGAUAAGAACCUGGAAGAUGUGCAUAACUUUCAUCUCCUGCUGCCGUCUUUAGAGUAUCACAACAAAACAUGGACUUGGCUUGACUUUCUAAUGGGUAUGAAGAAAGAAUACAAGAAUGCUCUAGUGUCACAGGCAAUCAAGGAGAAGCUUUGGUUCAAAUCAGGCAAAGAUGAUGCUGGACCAGUGCCUAUUGAUGCAAGGGAAGAUGUUGAUAAAGCAAGAUUGUUGAUGGGACAAAAAGCCACAAAUAUUGCCACAGAAGAAAAGCAUUCUAGCAAGAGAAUUCUCUUUGGCAAAGGUCAAUCAGGUCAUUGAACUUCUAGCUAUAUCACACUAUGUAGGAGUCACUGCCUAGGAGUCUUUACUCUGUAUAGGGGCAACUGCCUAUGGUUCACUGCUUAGGUGUCACUGCAUAAUCAUAGGGUUCACCAAGGGAUCACUGUAUAGGGGUAAAUGCUUACUUUUUUAUACCUAGAUUGAAGCCUUCGGUGCUUCGUCAUAUGAUGUCACUCUUGACUUUAACCAACAAGCUUCUCUGUCAGAGUUUGUGCAUUUUUACAUGACUUUACCUAAGUGAAGCAUAUCAGACUGAGCCCUUAUAUCAAAUGUUUCCUUGCAGUUUUUCUCUCCAUUUAAGUAUGCUUUUUAUUUUGACCAUUUGAGUCCUCUUGUAAAUGGAUGCACUAUGAGAAUGGCAUUUAUGUUAGAUGGAAGUAUAUUCCAGUCAAAUGAUACCCAAGAAUGGAGAAAAAAUCAAUUACUCACAGAUGUAUAGUUGAGCUAUCCAGGAGCCCGUGACACAAAGCUUAGCAAUGAUCGCAGAACAUAUUUUCACGAUUGACUGCAUUGACUACAAUGUACAAGCAAUUGUAAAAAUCAAGCGUACGAUCAAUCGUUAUGCUUUGUGUUACGGAGCCCUGCGGACCAUAUCGUAAAACUGUAUUUAAAGUUAUAAAGGACUCUACAAUUAUUUGAAAUAUACUUGAAUAUGUAGUGCCUGAAUGUGAGCCAUAUUAACAGUUUGUCUGAAUUUGUAUGAUUUCACUUCAAAUCAUGACAAAAAUACUUUACUCUAAAAUCUGUAUUUAUCGUAUUUUAGUUUUAACCAGUGUCACUAAAAGUUGUUAAGAAACAAAUUUUGGCCUGUUAAAUGCUCUUCAUUCAUAAUUCAUUCAUUCGUAACUUUGCAAAAACACAGCUUUAUGAAACAUCACCGGCUAGUGAUGAUUAAUCCUUCCUAUUCAUAUCUGACUAGAUGCUCCUGUUGAUGUGCAUUCUAGUUUUAGUCAUGAUAUGCCAUAUUCUUUUUUAAUUAAUAUAAUUAUGCUAUAAAACCAUAUUCAUUUGUUUAUUUAUAGAGUUCCAAUAUUAUUUUAGAAGUAUAUGAAGAUGUAUACAAUUUGAUAUAGGUAGAGGCUUGUAUUUGUACCUUUGGGUCAGUUUUUUUAUGAAUAGAGAUAUUAUAUUCAAAUAGUAACAUGAGCUCAUCACUUGAAAGCCAUGUGAGUGUGAAUUAUUUGAUGAACUUAGUAUUUAAAAAAUCAUGAGUAUAAUCAGAUACAUUUUAUGUGAGAAAAGUUAUUAAUCGACUAUCAAUUAUAUAAAGCUGAGGAAAAUGAAAUAUUACAUGGAAUGAAAAUGCUAUUCAGGGUAAUACCUCAUGAUGAAAUAUUAAUUACCGAAUAUCAAUGAAUUGACUCUAGCCCGAGUACAUUCACCAGAACAGAAAAAAAAAGAAGAAAGAAAAUAUAAAAUGAACUCACAGAAGAAAAAUGAUGUACAGAGUAAAGGUAGGAUCAGAAAUGAUUUAUCAAGGAUUUGGAUGGAGACUUGGGCCCUGUCUCACAAUACUUAACAUCAAUAAUAAAUUGUAAGCUACUGAAAUAAUGUUAGGUGAUUGGUCAAGAACAAUUUACCAUACAAUGUUGGAGCACAAGUUGUAUAAUUAUGAAGCUGGCCCAUGUUUGUUUAUUAUUAUUAUAGUUGUCAUUGACAACCUGGCAUGUCAUAGAGCCCCAAAAGGCAAUGGUCCUUAUUGUUACAAUAACAAAAAUUCCUUCCUGUUCCGUUUUGAAGGGGAGCUUUUGUUGAUUACUAGUGCUAUUAAAUCAAAACAAUCAUGGCAAUAGAAACGUGAGCUUACAAAAAUUAUCUUCAAGUGCAAUGUGUGUUUUGUAAAGAAUUAAAUUAUUUUCCAUGUAAAUUUAUAGUUUACAAUUAAAGUCAUGCAUUAGUGCAUGCAUUGUUUGAGGGAUACUUAGAAUUAUAUUAUGAUGGUUUGAUUGUUCAGUUGAACACAGUAUGUGCUUUAUGUAUACUGUGUAUGAAUGUAUGAUUAUAAAGGUGUAAUUACUUAGUAUGUGAAUUAUUCACAUGACAUUUGUACAAAAUGUAUAGUCUUUUAUACCUUUUAUACAAUAUCAUUUAAUUUAAUAAAGAUCUAUUAUUUUUUCAUUAUCAAUUAAUGCAUCAUGUUGAUUUCUCCAUAUUCUUACUUUAGAAUUAUUCACUAUUUAUUAUACUUAAUAUUUGUGUCACAUUACGCCAAUUAUUAAGAAUGUGAACUGAUAUGUCCAUUUUCUGCGGGAUUUGCAACAAAAGCAAUUGAUUUGAAAUCUCUGUCAUGCUGUAUUACUUUAUUCUUAAUAUAAAAGACAUUUACUUAUCCAUUUUAUAUGAAGCAUUUGUUGGUGAAUAGAGAGUACAGUAAACCAAUUAACAUUGAGAAUCAUACAAGCAUGUAUUAAUGAUGGUAAUAGUUACAUGUAUGGUUAUGCAGAUUAAGUUAUAUACCUCUUUUAAAUUACAUUUCUAUUAGUUGAACCAAUGUCAUGUGGUCUGAAGAGACUGUGCUUCAACAGGGUUACAUACAGGCUUAAAUCAUGCACUAAUUAGUAACCAAACCAACAAUUCAUUGAAGCACAUGUUGAACUCUCACAAAUAUAUAUCAAAUUUUGUAUUUCUAGAAAUAUGAACAAAUUACUGUUCUGAUUUAAGGGGUAGAAAAGAACUGGAAAUGCUAGAAUAAAUUUGGUAGUUAACACAAUAAAUUUGGUAGUUUACACAGCAUCUUUUUUUAUCCCAAUUGUAUGCUGUAUCAUGUAUAAUCCUUUACAUUUUCUUCAAUGUAACUUGUUUGUGGCAAGUGUAAGGAGAUGUUUUUGCAACCAAUAAAAAAUUCAAAGAAUUCAA